GGGACUUCCCUGUGAAUGAUUGACAGGAUUCGGGAGAAGAAGAAAAAUAGAUGCUCCGCGUGGGGUUUGCGCAGUGCGUCUGAGGACCUGGAUGCUGCAACCAUGGGGGACGACGUGAAGACGGCAGGACAAAAAAAAGGAAUCGCAAAACUAUUCUCCACCGUAUCCAGCCCGACCAAGAAAGUGCCGAGACUAUGCGGCACCAACUACCCUCUGAGUAUCCUCUUCAUCAUCAUCAACGAGUUCUGUGAACGAUUCUCCUACUAUGGCAUGAAAGCCGUCCUCACCUUGUACUUUGUAAACUACCUGAAAUGGGAUGAGAAUCUGUCCACCACGGUGUACCAUGCCUUCUCCGGACUCUGCUACUUCACCCCGAUCAUCGGAGCCCCCAUCGCUGACGUCUGGCUGGGGAAAUUCAACACCAUUUUUUGGCUCUCCAUCCUGUACGUGAUUGGCCACAUCAUAAAAUCGGUCGGCGCCAUCCCGACGAUAGGAAACUACGAUCUUCAUGUGGCUUUGUCCAUGAUCGGACUGGUCGCAAUUGCCUUCGGCACAGGGGGGAUCAAGCCGUGCGUGUCGGCGUUCGGGGGGGAUCAGUUUGAAGAAGAACAUGCAAAAGAAAGAGCUAAAUUCUUCUCCAUUUUCUACCUGUCCAUCAACGCUGGGAGCCUCAUUUCCACGUUUGUGACCCCGGUACUCAGAGGUGACGUUCAGUGCUUCGGAACGGAUUGCUACGCGUUGGCGUUUGGGGUACCGGCGGCGCUGAUGCUCGUGGCUCUCGUGGUGUUUGUUGGCGGCAGCGGGAUGUAUAAGAAAAACCCCCCGGAAGGAAACGUUUUAUCGUCCGUCUUCAAAUGCAUCGGAUUUGCGUUGAAGAACCGUUGGCGUCACCGAUCCAAAGAGCAUCCAAAGAGAGAGCAUUGGCUGGACUGGGCCAAUGAGAAAUAUCCGAAAAAAAUCAUUACAGAAGUGAAGAUGGUGACGCGAGUUCUCUUCCUCUACAUUCCUCUUCCCAUGUUCUGGGCUCUUUUUGACCAACAGGGAUCCAGGUGGACUUUACAAGCUACGAGAAUGGACUCCGACUUUGGUGGAUUCGUUAUUCAGCCGGAUCAGAUCCAGGUAAUGAACCCCCUCUUGAUCCUGAUCCUGAUCCCAGUCUUUGAUCUUGGGCUUUAUCCGCUGCUCAGAGCCUGCAAGAUCAACUUUAAGCCUAUCCAAAGAAUGGCUGCGGGAAUGAUUGUAGGAGCUCUGGCGUUUGUAGUGGCCGCUAUUGUAGAAAUCCAGAUCAAUAAAACGAUCCCGCUUGUUCCCAAAGCCGGGGAGUGCUACCUGCAGGUCCUAAACAUGGCCAACAAGGAUGUAACAAUCAAGAUCCCGCAGAAUAAUCCCUUCACCCAGCCCAGCCUGAAUGUCGAAAACUACCAGGAUCCAGAAUACAUAAAAUUGAAUCUUACCGGUCAGGGAUUCGAUGGUAAAAUCCAAGUGAGCCACGAUUCAGACACCGAAUGUCCAAUCAUCCUCCACGAGAAAUCCAAUUACUCCUUACUGAUCUACCAGGACGGCAGCGGGAACGUAACCUGCAAACAGUACAUAGAUGAGAAAACCAAACCUGCCAACGGAUUAGCGUCUGUAAGAUUUAUAAGUUUAAUCGACUCCAAUCUCACUGUGACGGUCGGCGACAAACAGGCUUCCAUUGCCGGAAAAUACGGAGAUUCGGCGUAUCUGUCGAAUAAGAGAGGAAAAAUACAGGCGAAGGUCGUUAUUGGGAAUGCCACGGACACCACGUACACGGUGGACCUCGGGUUACUGGAUUUCGGAGGAGCCUACACUGCAAUCCUCGACUGGACCGGCGGCACCAUCACCACCGUGCUGACCAAUGACGUCGAACCCAACAGCUUCCACGUGGCCUGGCAGAUCCCGCAGUACGUGCUGCUCAGCGCCGGGGAGGUCAUGUACUCCAUCACCGGCUUGGAGUUCUCAUACUCUCAGGCUCCAGCCAGCAUGAAAUCGGUGCUGCAGGCCGGAUGGCUUCUCACCAUUGCGUUCGGGAACGUUAUUGUGCUGAUCGUGGCCCAGGCCAGCUCCCUCGCGCAGUGGGCCGAGUUCAUCCUCUUCGCUGCUCUCCUGGUCGCCGUCUGCAUCAUAUUCUCCAUCAUGGGAUAUUUCUACGUCCCCGUUAACCCCGACGACCUCAAGGAGGACGACGAGAAGGACUGGAGCGACGAGAAGAAGAAGCUGCCGGGCGAUCACUUCGAGCUCAGCGAGGACAAGAAAACCAAAAUGUAGACUGAAGCGGGGGUCCGGAGCGCGAGGUCUCUCUAUUCCAUUCCGUGUGUUUUUUCUCUUCUGACUCUUUUGAAAAACAAAAUGUAUUUUCCUUCGUUGACUUUCGUUACUUUUAAUGAAUUAACAAAUUGUCAGAACCGGACUAUGACAUCAUCAGGCAGCUCCGUGCGCCAGGACCGCGGCCGCCCGUUACCGGAAGUUACCGGAACGCGCCAGAGCUCCGGGACGCAGCACUUUAUCUUCCGGAGGCCGCGCUGUGAGGAUCUCUCAGGACAUUAUGCCGAAGUAUUACGCAACCCGCGGACGCCCAACGCGUUUUGCACAGCUGUAUUAUUUGUCUGUAAGAUUUUUCUGUAAAUCACUACGAACGUUAAAAAUAAAGUUUUACUGCCGUG